CAGGCUGCUAGAGGCGAGAAAGCGCCUCCGUCCUCACACUCACUCACUCACGCACAUACACACAAGUACAAGUGAGGUUUCUUCCACUCUGUGUGGAGGUUUAAAGGAAUUUGUGUGAGUUUAUUUUGCUUCCUCCUGCCGCAUUCAGAGUUUGGAGGCUGGAAGUCCACAGGCAGGACAACGGAGAAGAGUAAAACAACGGCAGCUCUCCCGCUUCAGUAUGAGCAGUUUGUAAAAGUCUCUGAGAAUCGGCGACCUUUUUUUACAGAAAGUAGAUGGAGGAGCCAGAAGGUACAGAUGCGUGCUACUGUGUGGGCUGUGGAGAAAAAAUCCAAGACUCCUUCCACAUGAAAGUCCUCCACGACAUCUGGCACAACUCCUGUUUUCAGUGUUCUGUGUGCUGUGACCACCUGACUAACUGGUACUACGAGAAGGAUGGCAAGCUGUACUGUCGCAAACACUACUGGGAGAAGUUUGGGGAGUUUUGUCAUGGGUGUUCUCUGCUCAUGACUGGACCUGCCAUGGUGGCCGGAGAUCACAAGUAUCAUCCCGAGUGCUUCGUGUGUUUGAGGUGCAUGGUGGUGAUUGAGGACAGGGACACCUACGCCUUAGUGGAGCGAUCAAAACUUUACUGCGGAAAGUGCUACAAGCAGGUGGUCCUCGCACCCAUGUUGGAAAAGCGUACAUUUGACUCGGUGCUCGACUCGCUGCCCCACACUGUGACUCUAAUAUCGAUGCCCUCUGCAGCCAAUGGCAAGAGGGGCCUCGCCGUCUCUGUGCUGAGGGACGCCAGCGGUUCAGCGAGUGUACAAGUCAAAGAGGUGAGAGGGAUGCUGAUUAGUCCCGAGGUCCGAAAUGCCAUCCAUGUUGGCGACAGGAUCCUGGAGAUCAAUGGCAUUCCAGUGGGGACGUUAAUGCAGGAGGAGGUGGACGAUCUUAUCCACUGCACCAGCCACACGCUGCAGCUGCUCAUAGAGUACGACCCUGUCAGGCAGCGUUUGGAUCGGCUCAGACUGGGUUCACCCGGGAGUGGGCUGGCAGGUCCGGCCACCUCCCGCAUGCGUCUGUCCUCACCUUCUGAUGCAGUGCUGGAGAGAACAGAUGUGGUUGAUAACAGCUCACUGAAAAGGAGAUCUCUGAGACGGAGUAACAGCACAUGUAAGUCACCUGGGCCAAAUUCUCCCAAAGAGUCGCCGUUUAUCACACGAGACAUCGGUCGCUCUGAAUCGCUGAGAUCCUCCAGCAGCUGCUCUCAUCGCAUCUUCCGCCCGUGUGACCUCAUCCACGGAGAGAUCUUAGGCAAAGGCUUCUUUGGACAGGCCAUAAAGGUGACUCAUAAAGCCACAGGAGAGGUGAUGGUGAUGAAGGAGCUCAUCCGAUGUGAUGAGGAGACCCAGAAAACUUUCCUACAGGAGGUCAAAGUAAUGCGAAGCCUCGAUCAUCCUCAUGUUUUGAGGUUCAUCGGCGUGCUGUACAAGGACAAGAAGCUCAACUUGAUAACCGAGUACAUUGAGGGAGGCACACUGAAGGAUUUCAUCAGAGACAUGGACCCAUUCACAUGGGAGCAAAGAGUGAGCUUUGCAAAGAGCAUUGCAUCUGGCAUGGCUUACCUUCACUCAAUGAGUAUCAUACACAGAGACCUCAACUCUCACAACUGCCUGGUUAAACUGGACAACACGGUGGUCGUCGCUGACUUUGGACUCUCCCGACUCAUAGUAGAGGACAAAGUAAAGCCCCCAUCUGAGAAAAACCCCAAUAAAAAGAGGGUUUUGCGGCGCAUUGACCGUAAAAAGCGGUACACUGUUGUGGGAAACCCUUACUGGAUGGCUCCGGAGAUGCUAAAUGGUAAACGCUACGAUGAGAAGGUGGACAUUUUCUCCUUUGGAAUUGUACUCUGCGAGAUCAUUGGAAAAGUCUAUGCAGACCCCGAGUGCCUCCCCAGGACAAUGGACUUUGGCUUGAAUGUUGGCAAGUUUGUGGAGAAGUUCCUUCCUGACGACUGUCCACCAGCCUUCUUUCCACUGGCCGUGGCCUGCUGUGACCUCAUGCCAGACAACCGUCCUUCUUUCCAGAAGUUGGAGGACUGGUUUGCAGCUCUGUCCCUCAACCAGGAUCUGGGGAUCCCCCUGCCAGCCGAACUGGACGAGCUGCACCUGAGUCUGAGUCAACUCCACUGGCCUAAAGACCUCUCUCCAACACCGAGUGCAGAUCAUCAGCCAUCCACCCCGACGCCCGACGCCUCUCCGGACCCUCCCAGUCUGGAAGAGAACAGCACCUAAAACCUGUGUGUCCCUCUGUUAACCCUCUGAACUGCUGCACUAACACUGUGGACGUGAAAAAAGAGGACAAGUGAACUGAACCCGAGCCAUGGUAGAACUGGAUAAUCUGUGGUAGCUGGACCAAGUUUCUCUCAGAGUUGGACCUCAACUUUGAAAACAACCAAUCAAAGAAAGGCGCAUUUCAAAUUUUUUUAGAAAAAAGUUUUAGUUACUUUUUUUAAAUUUUAUUUUAUUCACCUGUGGUCCCCUUAGCAUAUGCAGGGUUGUACUAUUGUUUACUGUGUGUAAAGUGUGAGCAUCUUAAAGAGGCCGCGACGCCUCGAUGAGUCGCUGUGUCACAGCAGUUUUGUUGUUUGUUGUCUCCGGAAUGCACACGUCCAUUCUUACCCAGAAACAAAGUCAUUUGACUGUAGCAGCAACAAAGAAAACAAAGAAGCUUGAUGGUUUAUCUGAUUGGCAUGUUCAAGUAAACAAGAGAACAGAGCCUGAUGAAAACCUGAGUGACUCUGAGCGGCAGUGGAAGCAAACAAACACUGAUCCUGAAUAGUUUCAUCUCUUAAAUUAGCAAAGGAAUGUUUUUUUGUUUUUUUUGCUUUUUGGUCUCAGCACACCAGAUGUAAUUUUUUGACGACAUGGUUACAAGUUUGUAGUCUAAUGAUUUUCACUCAUUUCUUUAAGUUGUUGUGUGAACACACAAAUUAGACUCUGUUUACUGACGCCUAUUUUUUGUAACAAAUAAAAGGGAGAAGCUCCUGUGGAACAAAUGUAAGCGUGUUUAAUAAUCGUUAGACUUAACCAUGACCUUGUACAGACAACUGGAUUUUUUUUUUCUUAAACAGUGUAUAAAUGUGUACAUAUGUACGCCUCUAAUCGGACUUCAUUUUCUAAUGGGAACUCAAAACAUUUUUAAACAUUUUGUCAUCCAUGGACAUGUUUGCCUCUGUUGCUGUAAUAAUAAUGCAAUAAUGCAAGGUACCUAUGACCAAAUGUAACCACUAUUAUUUAUAUCACUUUGGUGUUUCAUAAAUAAAAAAAAAACUUUC